AACUAUUGACUUCUUUUGCAUUUGACUUGAUUAAAAUACACAAUUUCCAUCAUUCAUUGCAAAACAUAGAUGAAUCCACUUAGGGGAGGGUAAGGGACUGGGCCAAAGCAGGAAGUACAGCCACCAGAGUUGUAGUCUUUCAGAAAGAGGAAAAGUGCUGACACCUUGUAAAUUUAGCAAGGUUUAUAGCAACAUGUAGCCUUAGCCAAAUUAAUGAAGGCAUGACCACAUACAUUUUUCAGACCUCACAAGUCUUUCAAUGCAUAUUCUGAUGUAAUAGAGUUAAUGGGUUUUUAGCACAUAAAUCCCAUUCCAGCAUACCUUCUGGCCAAUUAUUUCUCCCAGGGUGAACUGGAUUAGGGUUAAGGUUGGGGAACUUGUGUUUUUGUUUUCUGGUCCCCACAAUGAUAGAAAUACGAGGCUGUGUGUGUACAGGUUUCACAAUCUGAGUCAGGAACAAUAAAAAUCCACCCAAAGGUAAUAUAGAUGGACAUUUUUGACAUACUGGCUUUUUGCUAGUCCCCACAAGGAAAAAGUAAAAUGUAAAAUAUGUGGGUGUGUAUUUCGCAAUAGACACUUCCUUCCUCAGCAUUAUCAAUGUGAAACUAUGUUCUGAUAGUCAGAUAAUCAUUGACAGCACAGAGAGAACACAGUAUAUUUCAAGGGCCCUUAUUUCCGUCUCCGAAUGGUAGGUCAUAAACACUGCGCUGAAGUUUAAAAAUGUGUGUCAAUCUUGAUGACAGAACCUAGAACCUCAUCCACCCACCAGUGUCAUUUGAAAAUACAAGAUCUAACUGUGACUCCGUGUUUUAGUAAGAGGUCCUAGCCAGGCUUAUGACCAUAUCUAACAUCGGUCUUUGAGACAAUAGCAGAAGAUUCUGACCGUGAACGGACGGGAUCCAUUGUGUUCAACGGGGUGACCAACAGAGUUGCGCUCGUGCGUGUGUGAGAGCGUGCGCGCAGCCAGUCGGGAAACAGAAGUUUCUGAACGUGGUGGAGUCCUUUGUGCCACUGUGUCCAGUGGUGUAGCCAACGUUUCCAGAUGGAGCUCCAUUCUGAAUGUCCCUCUGACACAGCACAACAGAUGCACGCACCCUCUGGUCCUUAAUGCUUCCCAAAUCACAUGCUAAACCCUAUAGAGUGCACUCAUUUUGACAGGGGCCGACAAGAAUAGGGGGUUAUGGAAUAGGGUGGCUUUUGGAAACAGGUCAUGUCUUUCAGUCAUCACCUGUAUAUUCUCAAACACACCACCACAGGACACCCAGGUUCAUCUCCACCACAGGACACCCAGGUUCAUCUCCACCACAGGACACCCAGGUUCAUCUCCACCACAGGACACCCAGGUUCAUCUCCACCACAGGACACCCAGGUUCAUCUCCACCACAGGACACCCAGGUUCAUCUCCACCACAGGACACCCAGGUUCAUCUCCACCACAGGACACCCAGGUUCAUCUCCACCACAGGACACCCAGGUUCAUCUCCACCACAGGACACCCAGGUUCAUCUCCACCACAGGACACCCAGGUUCAUCUCCACCACAGGACACCCAGGUUCAUCUCCACCACAGGACACCCAGGUUCAUCUCCACCACAGGACACCCAGGUUCAUCUCCACCACAGGACACCCAGGUUCAUCUCCACCACAGGGUUGAGGCACCUGAGAGAGCGGCGCAAGAGGGGCCAAUCCAAUGCAGUAUGAAGGCAUCGCUCCUUGUGACGUGUUUUGUGGCUAUUGCUCUGUGGCACAUUGCGCUGUCACUAAAAAUAUGCGCGUUCAACGUUCAGAGCUUUGGGGAGGCAAAGGCACACAACAGAAAGGUUAUGGGUAUUCUGAUAAAGAUUCUCGCCCGCUGUGACCUGUGUUUGAUCCAGGAGGUUCGAGACUCCAAAGGUGAAGCCAUACCGACACUGGUCAAAGCUCUAAACAGCUUUGACAGAUCACAUUCAUACUCUUACGUGGAAAGCAGGAGACUCGGGAAAAAGACAUACAAAGAGCAGUACGUCUACAUUUACAGGAAAGAUGUGCUGCAAGUUAAGGAACAAUACCAGCACCCUCAACUGAAAGGAGAGGGGACGAACGACACUGACGUUUUCUCCAGAGAGCCUUUCAUCAUCCGAUUUCACUCACCCACUACCUUGGUCAAGGAUUUUGUCCUGGUGGGGCAGCAUACCUGUCCCAAAACGGCCAUGAAGGAGAUUGAUGAGCUCUACACUGUAUUCCAGGGCAUCUGUAAGAAAUGGAAGACCGAUAAUGUGGUGAUUCUGGGCGACUUGAAUGCUGACUGCAGCUACAUCACCAUUAAAGGCUUCAAAGCCGUGCGACUGAGAAGCGACCCCAAAUUCCGCUGGCUGAUAGGAGAUGAACAGGAUACGACUGUCCGAGAGAAGACACACUGCGCUUAUGACAGGAUUGUAGUCCAUGGCCGAGAGAUGAUUUUUGGGAUUGUUCCUGACUCAGCUAAACCCUUCAACUUUAAAGAACAGUUCAGCUUAACUGAAGAAGAGGCACUGGAGGUCAGUGACCACUUCCCUGUAGAAGUUGACCUGAAACCCAAUCAUCGCUACCUCCUCAGAAAUGAACUGUAGACCCCUGACAACAUGA